GACGCACACCGCUCCCGGAGAGGCUGCGAGGCCGAGAUGGCGCCUGCUGCUCGGAUGCUGGGGAGGCGGGUGCUGAGCUGGAGGCUGCUGCCGCCCGGCGUGCCCCUCGCGGGCCGCGCGCCCCGGCGAGCCCACUCCCUGCUGCCCGUGGACGACGCGAUCAACGGGCUGAACGAGCAGCAGAAGCAGCUUCGUCAGAUGAUGGCUAAGUUCCUUCAGGAGCACCUAGCUCCCAAGGCCCAGGAGAUUGAUCAGACCAAUGAUUUCAAGAACAUGCGCGAGUUCUGGCGGCAGCUGGGGAACCUGGGCGUGCUGGGCAUCACAGCACCAGUUCAGUACGGCGGCUCUGGCUUGGGCUACCUGGAACAUGUGCUGGUCAUGGAGGAGAUAUCUCGGGCUUCUGGAGCCGUGGGGCUCAGCUAUGGCGCCCACUCCAACCUCUGCAUCAACCAGAUUGUGCGCAACGGGAAUGAGGCCCAAAAGGAGAAAUACCUCCCCAAGCUGAUCAGUGGAGAAUCCAUCGGAGCCCUGGCCAUGAGUGAGCCCAGUGCCGGCUCUGACGUUGUCUCCAUGAAGUUGAAGGCGGAAAAGAAAGGAGAUCAUUAUAUCCUGAAUGGAAACAAGUUCUGGAUCACUAAUGGCCCUGAUGCUGAUGUCCUCAUUGUCUACGCCAAGACGGAUCCCGCUGCUGUGCCAGCUUCCCGGGGCAUAACAGCCUUUAUCGUGGAGAAGGGCGUGCCUGGCUUCAGCACCUCCAAGAAGCUGGACAAGCUGGGAAUGAGAGGCUCUAACACCUGUGAGCUUAUCUUUGAAGACUGUAAAGUUCCUGCUGCCAGCAUCCUGGGCCAGGAGAGUAAAGGGGUGUACGUGCUGAUGAGCGGGCUGGACCUGGAGCGCCUGGUGCUGUCGGGAGGGCCCCUAGGGCUCAUGCAGGCUGUCCUGGACCACACCAUUCCCUACCUGCACGUGCGGGAAGCCUUCGGCCAGAAGAUCGGCCACUUCCAGCUGAUGCAGGGAAAGAUGGCUGACAUGUACACUCGCCUCAUGGCCAGUCGGCAGUACGUCUACAAUGUGGCCAAGGCCUGUGACGAGGGCCACUGCACUCCCAAGGACUGCGCCGCCGUGAUUCUUUACGCAGCCGAGUGCGCCACACAGGUUGCCCUGGAUGGCAUUCAGUGUCUGGGUGGCAAUGGCUACAUCAACGACUUUCCCAUGGGCCGCUUUCUUCGCGAUGCCAAGCUGUAUGAGAUCGGCGCUGGCACCAGUGAGGUGAGGCGGCUGGUGAUUGGCAGAGCCUUCAAUGCCGACUUCCACUAGAGCCAGGCCUGCCGCCGGAGCGCCCGCACCUAGGGGCCUUUGGGGAGGCCACGGGGCAGCCUCUGAGCGAGCGAGCGAGGCUGCCCAGCGGCCUGGCUACGGGCCUCACCCCCAGGCCAGGAAAGCUGCAAAUGGACUGUUGUGGAAGUGCAUUGCUCCUGGGGUGGGGGGGAGCUUGGUGAACUCUGUGCCCUGGCUCUUCAGCGUGGGGGACCUGAUGGCCCCUGGGGUGGGGGGUGGCCUGUGGGGGUGCAGGUGAAACUUCUUUUGUGAGUAACUCGUAAAGGGAGCUUCUGCUCCAGUUCAGCAGCCGCGCCGCCUCUUCUGGGGAAAGCAGCCAAAAAUCUCCCCGUUGCUUCUCGGGCGUGGCGCCCGGAGCUGACCGUGCGGCGGUCAGCGGCGGGGCCCAGGGUCCUCCUGGGAGGCAGCCCCGAGUCCCCCCUGCACCACUGCCACCAGCACGGGCACCAGCCUUUCCCGAUUGUGUGGCCUUCUGCUGCCGACCGCGCGCAGGCCCGGGCCGGCCCCGGCUGCCUGGCUGCCUGGCCCCCGGCCAGCCCUGGCGGCUGUGUACAUUUCUUCGGACGCUCUACGGCUGAUGUUGUUACCGCUGCACAGUGGCUGCUGCCAUUUUGUAUUAAACAUGUUGUAAAGCAAA